CCGCCAAGCAUCCCCUCCUCCCCUCGGAGCAUCCCCUCCCCACAAAUGCCCCAUAUCCGUACCCCUACUGCCUCCAUUUAACAUUCCUUCCUAGCAAAUGCCCCCUUCUCUUUGCCCGCCAUUUAGCAAAUCAUUUGGCAAAUCUUCCCGCUUUAAAUGCGCCUUCCUUCCAGUCCGCCCUUGUGUGGCAACCCGCCCUAGCAUUUGGCCCGACCCAGACGCCCCCUUUAGCAUCCUUUCCUAGCAGAUGCCUCCUCCUUAGCAUCCCCCCCAGCAAAUGCCCCUUCUCUCCCAGACUCCCCCAAUUUAAUCUCCUCAUCCAAAAAAUCUCCCCUCCUCUCACUUCAGUCCUCCCGUUAGCACACUCUGAGCAAAAAAUUCUCUCUCACCCACCUUUCUCCCACUUAGCAUCUACAGGACAGAAGUCCUCUCCCCUCCCCAGCCUCUCCCAGCAAAAUCCCUUUCUUGCUCUGAUCUCCACUCCUUGCAAUAAUCCUUUUUCUCCUUAGGACCCCCCCUCUUCCCCUAGCUCAGAUCCCUCAUUUUCAGCAAAAAACUUUUCAGCUGGAGAUUCCCUACCAGGAAAUCUCUAUCUUUCCACCUAAGUCACCCCAGUUUAACCUCUUCUAGCAAAUAUCCCUUCUUCCCACCCAGGCCACCCCACAUCCCUAGCAAAAAUUCCAUCUCCAGUCCCAGUAAAAAUUCUUCCUCAAUUGUCUCCUUUUCAGCAAACCCUUUUCUGCCUCUGUCUCCCUUCCCAGUGAAAAAACCUCCAAAACCCCUGUUGAAUAUCCCACCAGCUCCCCUUUUCCCCCUAAUCUUGACCAUCCCCAUCCCUUCCUUCCACCACCUGCUUUCAGGACCAGAGGGAAAAGCUGUUGAGCGGGCUAGAGAAAUCGGAUUUGUGUCAGAAAUUGACACCCAGCAUACUGGAGAAAAGCCCUGAUGGUCAGCUUGUCUGCCUUCUGAGCCCCCUUCCAAGGGCACCUAAAACUGACCUGCCCAAGAGCCUUGGCUUGGCUCUCCUGUGUCCAGUCAGUUAUUAAAUACCAGCUGUGAGCAGGCCCUGUUGCUAAAUGUUAGGGACGAAGACCAACCUUCAAACAACUUAACUCCUUCCACCAUAUUCUGCAUGUAAAUAGGAUUUGGAUUGGGCCUCAAGGCUAUUUGCUGCCUGCCUUCAAAUCUCAUCAGAGAGCAGCUUUUGGCCAAGACGUGGCAGUGGAGCGCCAUGGACCAGUACAGCCUUGGAGACGAUGGUGCCCUUCAGUCAGAGAUGCACCUUCCUGGAUUUUCAGAGAGCCAGGGGCUGAACUGCAGUGACACCCUCAAUCGGGAUCUGUGCCCCAACACAAGAGACCUGCUCUACGCUGGCCUGAGCAGCUUAGACCUGGACCCUGGCCUCCCGACGCCAGAUAUGGCCGGCGAGGCUCUGGAGGACAAUCUUGAUGCCCUCUCUUUGUAUUCGGGGAAGGAGGGAGACUCGGCAAAGCUAUUGGAGGAGUAUGCUGAUUUGGACUCGCAGCCUUCCUUACAGGACCUGGGACUGGGCGUCCUUAAAGCAUCUAAAGAGGCGGACGAAGGAGGCAGGGCCAGCUCGGGCAGUGCCAGGAAAGGAAAGCGGCAGCACAGCUCCCCCCAGAACCCGUUCCUGGACUGCAGCCUCUGUGGAAAGGUGUUCAGCAGCGCCAGCUCUCUUAGCAAACACUACCUGACUCACAGCCAGGAGAGGAAGCACGUCUGCAAAAUCUGCAGCAAGGCAUUUAAGCGCCAGGACCACCUGACCGGACACAUGCUGACCCAUCAGAAAACCAAACCCUUUGUGUGCAUCGAGCAGGGCUGCAGCAAGAGCUACUGCGAUUACCGUUCCCUGCGCCGACAUUACGAGGUGCAGCAUGGUCUAUGUAUCCUGAAGGAGGCCCCUCCGGAAGAGGAAGCCUGUGGGGAUUCGCCUCAUGCUCACGAGGCAGCCAGCCAGGCUGGGCCCAGCACCCUCCGAACCCUGAUGCCAUCUGAGGCCCGCUCCCCCAGCUCCCUGCUGCCCAACCGAGACCUCCUUCGGUGCAUCGUGAGCAGCAUCGUCCACCAGAAGCUCCCCUCACCCGGCCCGGCUGCUGCGGGGGCCCCAGAUGUUGAUGGGAGGGGUUCCCUGUGCCCCUGUCCACCCAGCGCAGGCUCUGCAGGAGCCCUGGGCAUUGAGCCCCCCGAGGAAACUCGGCCCCCAAGAAAGGAUGCGGCCCCCUCUGACAUGUUCACAGUUAUGCAUUCAGGGAAUCUGGCAGCCAUGGCCCCAGGGGGAGAGAACGGUGCCUCUGACCCAGCUGAUUCAGAACUGCCUUUUCUUCCACUCCCAUCUGCUGGACUGGAAAGUUGGUCCGAUGGGGGGACCUUGCCUUGCUUGCCUGUCUUCCGAGGCCAGGCAGUCUCAGCGAGCUCCCAGCCAUCUAGUCACAACUUCCAGUGGGUCAGGAACCUGCCCAGCUGUCCCAAGAGCAAAGGGAACAGUGUCUAUGUUGUCCACAAGCCAACUCCGGUCCCUGCCCGGGAGGGCCCUGAGCCCGGGCCUAGGCCUGUGUCCCCGCUGCUGGACCCCUUAGCUGCCCCAGCAGGCAUCGGUCCAGAGGAUGUGCUUUCUUUCCCUUCCACGCUUCUGAAGGCACCAGGGGACACCCUGAGUGAUGCCAGGUUCGCUGGUGGGGAGGACAGCUCCUGGCCUGCCCAGAGGAACAAGUGUGACUGUGAGCCCUUCCCUUGGCAGAACCCUGGGGAGCUGGGCCUCCAGGAUGUGCAGAAGCCGAGUGGGCUCCCCCCUGAGGGCACCCCACUCUUCAGGCAGCUCUUUCUCAAGUCCCAGGAGUCCCUGGUGAGCCAUGAGCAGAUGCAGGUGUUUCAAAUGGUCACCAAAUCCCAGCGGAUCUUCUCCCACACCCAGGUAGCAGCAGCUCCCUCUCAGCUCCCACUCCCAGAGACCAAGCAGGCUUUGCUGAAACCGCUGCAGGGCGUGUGGCAGCAGCCUUUGGCUCCAGGGGCUGACUUCCAUGCUGUCCCGGGGAACCCGGAGCAGGAGGGGUCGCCGGCCCGCAGGAGAAAGACCCAGGCCCUGUUUUCAAGAGAAUCUUCACCUGGAAGCACAAGGCAGGACCCCAAGGGAGGUCCAAAAGUGGACCCUGCAUUGCCUUCCCUUGGGUCAUCCCUGGACCCUUGUGGGAAUCCAGAUGUUUCUAUGACCAAGCAGUUGCGGUCAGCAAAAGGGAGCAUAGGUCUGGGGGAUGGUUUUUCCCCAGCACAUCCUCGACCAUCUCCAUUGGGGGUGGAAGAGCCAGCUGGAGGCCAGUUCCAUUCAAAGCUGUCUCAGACAGAGAACGGUGCCCCCUCGGCCAUCAAAGGUGACAAGAGUCAGGGCUGUGCCAGAGAAAUGGGCUGUCGACUCUUCUCUGGUAGCACCAGAGCGCAGCGAUUCUCCAGCUUCCGCAAGGACAAAGUGAAGAUGGAUAUGGGCUGUGCGGCUUCUCCAAGCCAGGUGGCCAUGGCUUCCUUCUCCUCGGCCGGAACCUCGGCAGAGCCCUCCUCGCAGGACGUGAAGGCCAAGUUGACCAUCUUCAACAGGAUCCAGGGCGGGAAUAUCUACAGGCUGCCCCAUCCCAUGAGGGAAGAGAGCGUGGUGACUGGCUGUAACCAGCUCAAUGGUGUUUCUCCGGACUGGACAGAACCCAGAAGCACUUAUGUCUGCAAGAACUGCAGCCAGAUGUUUUACACCAAGAAGGGGCUGAGCAGCCACAUGUGUUUUCACAGUGACCAGUGGCCAUCGCCUAGAGGGAGACAGGAGCAGCAGUUGUACAGUGCAGAAUACUGCAAACCCCAGAGAUUGGUCCUGAGGCCAGAGGGAGAUAGGCAAAGCCCACCAGUAGUCAAGAGGCUUUUGGAAGACCUUGCUGCAGCACCUUUGGUGACCCCUGUGUCUGUCCCUGUGCCAGCUGGGAGCCGACCUCUGGGGAGCCUGACCAAGGGACAUGAGAGGGCUGGCCGAGAAGAGAGAGACACUAAGGAAACCAGCCAACACAGAAAAAGAAAAAAACGCCCCCAGCCCAAGGCGCUGUUCAUCCCUCCUCCACCUUCUGGCUUUGGGGAGAUCCAGCCCGGCCCUGGAGGCUGCUAUCAGAGCUGUCUACGCUCCCCGGUGUUUCUGGUUGACCAUCUCCUGAAGGGUUUAUUCCAGUGUUCUCCAUAUACACCACCCCCGAUGCUCAGCCCGAUCCGGGAAGGGUCUGGAUUGUAUUUCAACACUCUCUUCUCCACAUCCACUCAUUCUGGUCCCGAUGGGCUCUAUGGGGCUGUGCUGGACCAAGCGGAUGGCUCUUUUGGAAUUGCUGUGGUCAGAGACAACACCAAGAUCAGCAUUGAGCCACAUAUCAAUAUAGGGAGCCGGUUUCAGGCAGAGAUCCCAAAGCCCAGAGAGAGUUCUCUGGCAGAAGGUGACCAGCAUGGUGCUUCGCUGGUGUGGCAACCAUGGGGAGAUGUGAUGACCAACCCGGAUACUCAAGACAGAGUGACUGAACUGUGUAACGUGGCCUGCUCCAGUGUAAUGCCAGGAGGGGGGACCAAUCUGGAACUCGCUCUACACUGCCUGCAUGAAGCCCAGGGUGAUAUCCGGGAUGCUCUGGAGACCCUGUUACUCAGAGGACCCCAGAAGGCUCCAUCUCAUCCUCUUGCUGAUUAUCGUUACACAGGUUCAGACAUCUGGACUCCUGUGGAGAAGAGGCUGUUUAAGAAGGCUUUCUGUGCCCAUAAGAAGGACUUUUAUCUGAUACACAAGACGAUUCAGACAAAGAAUGUGGCCCAGUGUGUUGAGUAUUAUUAUAUCUGGAAAAAAAUGAUCAAGUUUGACUGCGGCCGAGCCCCAGGGCUAGAAAAGAGGAUCAAGAGAGAGCAGGAUGAGGUAGAAAGGACAGAAGAAAAGGUGACCUGCAGCCCUCGAGACCGGCUCAGUCACCAGCCAGCCCCAGAGCUGAAGAUCAAAACCAAGAGUUACAAGAGAGAAGCCAGUGUCACCUCUAGCCCAACCACUGGCCCCAAGAGGACACCCGAGCCCCCAGGGAGUACUGAGAGCCAGGGCAUUUUUCCCUGCCGAGAGUGUGAGAGGGUGUUUGACAAGAUUAAGAGUCGAAAUGCCCACAUGAAGCGUCAUCGCCUGCAGGAGCAUGUGGAGCCUCUGGUCAGAAUGAAGUGGCCUGUGAAGCCACGAGAUGAGGAAGAUGAGGAGGAAGCUGGGGCGGAGGGGGGUCCCCUCCGGUGGUGAUGGGAAGAAGGCUAGGAUCCUGGGGAGGGCCUGCCUGGCCCGGGCCUCCGACCAGAGGGCAGCCGCCGGGAGCCCUCCCGUCUCUCCCAGGCUUGGUCCAAUAGUGAGCGUGCCCCCAGCGUGGCCAUACCUUCUCUUUGCUGUCCCAUUGGAUACCCAGGUGUCUGAUGGGAAAGCCACGUCCUAUGUGGGGCGAUAAUUGGGAACGGGGCAGGGAAAGCAGAGUCAUCACAUGAUUGUUAUGGCUGUAUGGUGUGGGCUUCCGAGGCUCUGUAUCAUUCAGUUGGGUGACCUCUCCCCUUUUUCCAACAUAUCUCUCUGGGGGGAAAGGGAGGGGAGAAAAAGACAAAAAAGUUGAAUCUGAGUAGCUCUUAAAUCUUUGCCUGAGUUUUGGGGUUUGUUAUUUUUGUUGGAAAAGGCCAAGAUUUCAGAUAAUCAGUGGGAAGACAACUCUAUAGCGAUCACAUGUCAGGGCCUCCCUCACGCAGGAAGGAGCCCUCUGCAUUGAGUCCAAGGUUCUGUGGUGACUUGUACAUUGUUUUUUUUGUACGUGCCUACUGUAUAGCGUAUUAAAUUGGGUUUUUGAAUGGCUCUUGGCA